AUGCCCUUCUAUGCGAUCAACUCGUAUGAGGAAGACCUGCUAGAUCAGGCGAAGCAACACACGCUAGAGCUUCAGCUUGAACAGGGGCUGAAGAUUUUUGAGGAGGCCCUGCAGGCUCAGAAAGCCCAGAAUUUCGACGGCGCCCACGGGCUUUACUCCAAGUUAUUUGGUCUCGAGGUCUUACAACUCAAACACCAAAAACGUAUUCCUCCCUCUGCUUUUCGAUUGAAGAGUCUCGCUCUAAAAAACAACGCUUUGUUACUGUUAGAAGAAUUGCACAAGGACUACAACACUAUCGAAACAAAGGACCAACUGUUUUACCGUUUAGGACCGAUUGCAGAAAAUCUAGUCGAAGCGCUUGAAUGUAAUCAACAAGACAUACAGAUUCAAGAACUUUUAACUGCAUUGGCCCUUGAAUUUGGUGAAACAAGAUUAGCCAGGCUCGCCAUGGAGUCAAUCGUCCUAUGCGAAGACGACAGACCUGUUUCCGUCGCGGAAGCGGCAGCCACAGGUUAUUCAUUGAGCGGCUUUUCCCCAAGGGAUAUCAAUUUUUUGGCACAGCUUUUCCAGAUUGUAAAAAAAAUACAAGACAACUACGCACUGGAGAGUGAUUUUUACAAGACCCUUGAAUCAGUACAAUCAUCCCGAAAGAGCCGGGAUUUCUCGUGGCUCAAUAGUAAAUUCGAUAUUAAAGAUGGACUCAAGGCAUUAUUGGAAUACUACAGCUCAGCUGACGUUGAACUUGAAAUUAUGCUCACUACCCAAGACUGGCACAGCAUUCUUGCCGGCUUAGAGGAAGCUCCGAUUGCCACCACUCGAAAAAAAAGACGGGCUGUCGCAGACAGUUACAGCUAUUCCGACCGCUCAAUAGACCGUCUAAAGUUUGUGGCACCUCAUGGCGACCCACGGCUGCUAGUGCCGUCUGAAAGUCAAAUGUUGGUAGACUCGGAAGCGGAGACAGAUGUGGAAAUGAUCGAUAAUGAGCCCUCAGAAACUCCAGCGCCUAUUGAAGCUAAGCUUGAUGAAAGCACAGUCACUGAUUCAGCGCCAAAAGAGUCUGGUCCUGAGCCAGCUGUAGCGGAGAUGUCUCAAACGGAUCUCGUUCGAUCCAGCAAGCGUGUCAAGGCCCAAGCACCAGAAAAUACUGUCGCCGCAGACUUUGGACAGCAAGACAAAGUUUUUGCAGACCAAAUUGUAUCAUAUCUUGACCCAAUCAAAGUCCAAUUCAAGUCGGUUGUUCCCAUAUAUCUAAACGAAUCCGGGAGAUCUGAGGAUGAUCUUGCCUACGAAGAUUUCAAACAGAUACUGACAGAAUGGGACGAGGACAAAAUUGGGAUGUUUCUGAGAUCUUGCGUACCAGAAAUAGGCGAGAGCCAGCCAAUUAUGCAGCUACUUGAUUUCGCGGCCCUGGGUACAGCAUCUGAAGUAACCCAUGCACCAUAUGAAGUUGACAGAAAAGAGGUCAGUACAUUUCUAUCUCAGAUAGAAGACGGCGCACACAUUCAACAAGUUCGUAUAGAUCUUUUGAAGUCCCUUCUGUGCUCAUUGUCGGGACACGUGCCAAAGCUUCUUGUAGAAUUCUGGCCAUCGGAGCUGGUAGAUGGCAUUUGGAAGCUUGUAUCAUAUUUGGAGGAUAAGAUAUAUGCACUUGCUAGAAACGAGAUCUCAGUGGAUGCGGCCGAUAUGGUACUGGUCAUAUAUGAAAUGCAUGUUGAUCGCUACUUGACUUUGGACCGCGCUCUUCGCUCUAAAACAACCAAUGCAAAGAGUAUUGAACAAAAAGAAACUGAUCUCAGUGAAGCACUUCUUCGAUGGAGAGGGGCCGCAGGUGACGCUCUAGCGUUACUUCAGGAUAUGUCGGAACGCACGAAUAUUAUGCGCAUUAGGUUUCAGUGGGUGUCGAUUUUCUAUGAUCAAAUUCACGCUGAUAGCCCAGAAGUGAGCAUGACAAAAUUUGAAGCAGUUCGUGACUUUAUCACUCAAAACUUUAGUGAUCUUAACAUCGAAUAUCCAAGUUUGGAGAAUAUCCCGACAUUGUCUUCUGUCAGCGCUGAAACACAGAUUUCGAAAUACCGAGCAGCGUCAAUUUUUGCUAGAGCGUUCAAGCGUGAAGGUGAUAAAGAUAUUGUCCAGUCUAUUUCCCUACUUGAGUCAAUGCUCAUGCCAGAGGUUUACCACACAGAAAUUCCAGAGCAUUUGGCAAUUUCACAGUUUCUGUCUAGUGCAUCAAACGAUUUCAGACUAAACCUGUGGUAUCUUUUGCUAGAGAACUACGAGCAAGUGGGCGAGGAGCGUAAAUCGCUUGAUGGCCUUGUUCGCAUUCUUGGUAGUAGCUUGGCUGAAAUUGGUGACGAGACAUAUCGAAGUGAACCUCCUCAUAAACGCCAAACUGUCCUUUUGAAGACCCUGAGUGUUUCACAUGAUGUAGCGAAACGUCUACUUCCGUUGCUGGUUGAAAAUGAAGAGAUCUUGGAAGCGACCACACCACAGGAUGCUCAAAAUAUGUUGGUGCUAAUUGUGAAGGUGCUUCAGUUGAUACACAUUUUUAUGCUUAACGACCAAGCUAUCAACUCCAACAUUAUCCAGGCACCACAAGUAUUUAGCUGGGAGCGAGCAGCUGCGAAGUUUCGAGAGCUUUCAGUCUAUUGGUGGUGCAUUUUUUAUUUAUAUUAUCGUUCGGCUCUUCUUCCAGAAUCACGCACCCCAGAAAUUCUGAACGAUUUGCUGAGUAUAAUUCACGAACAGCUUGGUGUGCAAGGGUAUUGCGGACUUGCUGAUGGCUCACUCUUGAAACUAAAUUUGAAAGAGAUUGUACGAAUGGACUGGAACGAAUCUGAAGCAGACAUGAUUCAAUGCUUGCAUUGCCGUUAUGGCCUGUCACUAUUCAAUGAGUAUUUCCAACCUUAUAACCAUCAUUCAGCGACAGAGGAAAUGACUCAAGAAGAUGCAGUCCAAUUAUGCCGCUUUGUGACACGAAUGCUACUUUCAAAGAAGAACCCAACUCAAUUUUUGAUAAGAGCUGAAAUUAGACAAGCUAUUGAUACCAUCAACGAAGCACUGGGGACGCCUGAUAAUACCCUCAACCAGAUUCGAAUCAACACAGAAAUUCUUGACAGGUUCUUAAAUCACUCAGACAUCACAUCGUCACUAUUGAAGGCUGGAUGGACAGGCCAGCUCCAACUCUCUAUGCAACCAAGCAACGACCCUAAAGCUAAAGCGGCAGGCCAGGGUGGUAUCUACUUUGUGAUGGGCGUUGUUACGCUCAUACAGUUCCGUAUGCGCAAAAGGGCCAAUGCUGCAAGAGUCGAGGAUUUACACGACGCGAUCAAGUACUUCAGAGAUGAUCUGAUUUGCUGUACUGAUAGAUUUGAGUCUUGGUUCGGUUUGUCUCAAGCGUAUGAUUAUCUGGCCGAAGAGUCUUUAAUUUGGUCUUCAGAUUCGCUGAUCGAAGCGUCCCCGAUCUAUAAUGAGAUCAUUCUGAACCGUGGACGGGCUCUUUUGAGCUGUACAAUGGCUCUUAGUAGUCUUCUGAAAGGAACAAGCCAUUCAUUGAGCAUAGAUUAUGCCAAAACAGUUGAGGCUCAGGUUUGGUCUCUGUACGGCCGCCUUUUACUCUAUGCGGCAAGCUCCCCACAAAAGAUGGUGGUUUUUGGAAAGCGCUCCACCCAAAAGUAUGUUUUCGUGAACGGGGAGUAUACGGAUUCAAAAUUCACAGCUAUCAAGGAGCAAACUGUGCUCAGGCUUGCAGACAGUAGCCUCAUGGUGGCUAGAACCACGUCUCCAAGAGACUGGUUUACAUGGUAUCUUUCGGCAAAGGUUGCUUACAGGUUAAACCGUCCCCCCCGCGAAGUUCUGGAUAAUUUCGCAAAGUCUAUUGAGCUUCGUGCCAGUGGUGAACGUGAGUCACGCAACCAGGAUAUUCCAGCAGUUGCUACCCAAAGCUUGGUCUCAUUGGCAUCUCGAUAUUCAAUUGAUGGAAAAUUGACCGCCGAGGAGGGCGUGCAAUAUUUGGGCCUAUCAGCAACUGUUCCUAAAUCUGCUAUAUCGGAAGCUCUCGAGAAAGUCAAAGCGGGCGCACCGGGCAAGCAGGUUAUUUCUGACCUCACAAUCCAAUGUUUUUCUAAUCUCAUUGCCUCUGAUAAGCGACAUUGGUUGCAUCGGCCCUAUUACUGGUUGGCUAAGCAUUACGAUAAUGAUCUUAAAGACAAAGCCAAAGCAGAAGAUGUUUUGCGUGAAAUGUUCACCAGGGGAUCUAACUCAAAGACACCAUUACACAUUUGGACAUCAGAAUGUGAACGCCCAGGCCAACACUUUGUCUACGUUCAUGAUUAUAUUGUUUACUACAGUGAUCUUCUUUACGAGAACAAGAUGGAAAGUGCUCUCAAUAGUCUUGCUCGCCGUCUCCGUCGCUUUAGUAGCCGCAUGACGGAUCAUUUGAGCGCAUGGAAGCAUGUAUGCUCGCUGUCUGUCAAGCUGGCGCUUGAAAUUCUUGGUUUCCCGCCGCGCUAUUCUGACCGCGUACUUCCUAAUCUUGAGUGGUCUGAGUUUGAAGCGCGGGGACAGCAGUUAGAGAAAUGGAUAUCUGCACAGCAAAGUUCUCCCCAGCUUGAUUCCUGGAUCUUGGCCCUAGAGUACGCAGUCGACCUGAGACGUCUUAAUAACGGCUAUGGAGCUACUACUUACGUUGACGAGCUUGUUAUUAGUAUUUACUUGCGUUUGAUGGAGAUCUUUACCACCACUCCACCUGUUUCUUCUGAUGUGACGCAACCCGAGAAGCCAGACUCUACACCAAAUGCAAAGCCCAACGCUCCUGAACCUGAGGCGAAUAUCAAUGGAAACAAUAGCACAAACAACGGAGACAGCAAACCAAGCAAGUCGGACCCGAAACCUGAAAAGAAGCGUCGAGUAAUCAGAAGGGACGUGCUGCAGCAGUGCCAGCAUAUGCUCAAGCCUCUGCAGCCUCGUCUGUCAAAGCUCGAUCAACGGACAGUUCCGCGCGAGCUGCAUAAAUAUGUGGAUACUAUGACACCAGAGCCUAUCCAGCCGUCGCCGUCUAAGAGCCCCUCUCGCCCAUUGAAUCUGAAUAUGAAGGACGAGACUCCAAUGAGCACAGCGAGUCCGGAAUCUCAGGGCCCCCAGCUCGUUGCAGUAUCCUUAUUUCCACCUGCUAAUCAUCAAUUGCCGCCGCAGACCGACUAA